AUGUCGGCACAAUUAAAGUUCUGUCCAGAGUGCAACAACCUUCUCUACCCACGAGAAAACAAGGGGGAAGUGGCAUUGGAGUAUGCCUGCAGGACCUGUCCCUACGUUCAGCGAGUUGUUUCCAAGGACGAUGAGCUCGAGAACAUCAACGCCGACGACUUGGUCGUCUUCAGAAAUGACGUGUCCUAUCACCACAAGGAAGCCUUGAUGAUACGAAGCGAUGUCAUUCACGACCCCACUUUAUCCCGGACUACCGAGUACACCUGCAAUAACUGUCCCAAUCACGAGGCGGUAUUCUGGCAGCUUCCCGAGAGUCAACAGACCAACGCCAUGGCUCUCAUCUUCGUUUGCACAGCAUGCACAGCUUGGCGGAUCGAAGGCAAGGAGUGA